CCGUCCGUGGCGGUCGCACGUGACGCAUGUUCCUUCACCGUUCCCGCAGUGAGUGCAGUGCUGUGCAAACGCGUGGUUCAAAAUCCCGCGCAAAUUUGAAUGAUUCGUGUGUUUGGAACUUGACUGGUUCAGUGUGGCUAUGACCGCUGUCUGAGGAUUGCAAUCCGUUCUACCGCAGGCGCGCGGGGCGGGCGCGAUGUACGCAUGCGCGUGGCGGCGGCACGCGCUCACCGCCGCCCUCGUGCUCGCCGCGCAUCUCAUCAAAGUGCUAUCGUGCGGCGAGACGGGCGGCGGGGGGCGCGCGCGACGCUACGUGGGGCUCUACACGGGGCCCUACUUCGACCCGUCCGCUCCCAACAACAUCACGGCGCAACUCGGCACGCACGCCUACCUGCCUUGCAAGGUGCGGCAGCUGAGCAACAAGUCAGUGUCGUGGAUCCGGCGGCGCGACGCGCACAUCCUGACGGUGGACCGCUUCACGUUCAUCGCGGACGAGCGCUUCCAGGCCUUCCUUGUCGAAGCCACUGACACCUGGACGCUGCAGGUGAAGUACGUGCAGGCGCGCGACGCCGGCGUGUACGAGUGCCAGGUGGGCACGGAGCCCAAGAUGAGCCACUUCGUGCAGCUCAACGUCGUGGUUCCCAAGAUCGAAAUCGCCGGCGAGAGUGAGAUCUACGUGAAGGCGGGCAGCACGGUGAGCCUCAAGUGCGUGAUCACGCAGGCGCUCGAGGAGCCGGCCUACAUCUUCUGGUACCACAACGAGGAGCGCGUGCUGAGCUACCGGCGCGGCCUGCGCGACAUCCGCGUGGAGCGCCCCGCGCCCGACACCACCGUGGGCCACCUCGUCAUACACAACCCCGUGCGCGAGGACUCCGGCAACUACUCCUGCGCGCCCUCCAACCUCGACUCGGCCUCCGUCGUGCUGCACGUUCUCAGCGGCGAACAGCCUGCGGCCAUGCAGCACGGCAACGCGGCGGCGCGGCGCGGCGCGCGGGCGACGCUGCUGGCGGCCGCGCUGUGCGCCGCGCUCGUCGCCGAGCCGCGCCCCGCGCGCCUCGCGCCCGCACUCCUCCUCGCCUCUCUGAUCGUGUUACAGUGUCACGACGAGGAUGAGCCCAAAUAACGCUCGGCGGGCUCCACAGCGACAGGCCACUCUCGCCCCCCGCUCCCCCGCGCAGAACUCUUACGCUCGUAUGUUAUUGUACUUCCAAAGAAAUACCAAAUAACUUAUAACUAAACGAACACCACAUGUGAUGUGUAAAUAGUAUUUUUAAUUGAAUUUUUAAUAUAUCAUAAUUGUAUGGUAAUAUUAUAAGCCGUGUUUUCUAUUCGGGAGCCGGACAGCGACCUCCGCUCGUAGGUUACGUCCCUCCCCGCGCGCCCCGCGCCGCACUCACUCCCGAGAUCGACGUAGCGAUAAGGUUCCUUUAGUCAAUUAACAAACAGCGACCCUUUCGAAGUACAAUACAUGGACAACCUUUCCGUUGUGUCACAGUCGCCUGCGCUCCUGACGACUAUUAUAUAUACGUUUUACUCUUUGACUCUGCCCGCGACGGGGCAUUUGUAAAGUUGUAAAUAUUAUGAAUAGUUAAAUAAUAUAUCUUUCAAAUAACAUAAUGCACGCGAUUCAUGAAUAUAAACGCGUUGACGCGCCGCGCCCGUACCUCCCGGUUACCUGUAUCCACGGCCGACUAUUGUGCGCAUAUUUACGAACUAAUCUGUGUGAGAGUGAGUUAUGACUCACGCGAUUUUCUUUAAUUUCUUUAGUAAUAAACCGACAGAUCGUGCAAUGAUAGUGACACGUAAAUCCACUACAAUGUCGUCAAAAACUACAAUUCAUUUGUUAUUAAAAAAUACUGUUUCAAGCAUGGCAAGAUGUACAGAUAUUAUACUCGAAAAAAACUGUUCAGUAAAAAGAUUGCAUUCAAUAAUGUUACAGUAUAACAUUAAUUAUUAUACUGUAUAACUGUAAAAUAUACUGUUAAGAUAACGAUAACAAAAUAUAUAGUGUCAAAUUGAACAAUGAAAUGAUUGGCAAGUUCUAAACAGAAUAGAAAUAGUAUAGGUAAGUUAUGUUAUCAUUGUGCGAUCGCUCGGCGGUCGGCCUGCGUGUAGUCACGCGCUGUGCACAGGCAGCGGGCGGGACGCGGGAGGCGGGACGCGGGACGCGGGAGGCGGGCGCGCGCGCGUCGUGGUCACAUCGAAUCAUUCAGUUGGUAGCGCCCGCGUCGCCAGGCGACGCGCGAAACACGUCCUACAUUCUAUUGUGAGCGGCGUCUGCACAUAACAUGCAUCUGACAUUUAUACAAAUUAUCAUUUGUUACUUACAACCGUAUUGAUCGCCUAUAAUGGGUUCACCCUUUUUUUCUUUUAUACUUAUAAGUGUUUGUGUGUAAGUCAAAUAUAGAAGAUAGCCUUAUUUGGAAUAUAAAAGAAAUUUAUAUUGAUAAUCACAACAAUAUAUUUUGUUGUACAAAAUACAUUAAAAUUAAAAUUUCAAAAUUCAAAUAUAUUUAUUUUAAUGGGAUUUCUUUUAAACCAGAGUAAAUGUAAAAAAAUCAACGCAGUACAACUGACAUAAAUGGCUCGGCUAAUAUUAAAGAUACGGGAUUCAACUGUUAUUUUAUUUUUAGAUAUAAAAUAGCCAUCGUUAAGGGCAAGUCGGUCUUGUGUGCAGACGGCGCCGCGAGCGUAACAUAGCGAAAGAGCCGCGCUCGGCCGCAGCCGAUGUUUAUUCGUUGACACUGUUACUGCCUCACUGUAAAUAUAUUAUUGUAAGUAAUAUAAAUAAACAGACAUCGUUGAAAUUA